AUGUACGGCUUCGAGGCGAUGACGUUCAACAUUCACGGCGGGUACUUGGAGGCCAUAGUACGGGGACACCGUGCGGGCCUUCUCACUGCCGCCGAUUACAACAAUUUGUGCCAGUGCGAGACCCUCGACGAUAUUAAGAUGCACCUUUCUGCCACCGAGUAUGGGCCCUACCUCCAAAAUGAACCUUCCCCAUUGCAUACAACUACAAUUGUGGAAAAGUGCACCCUUAAAUUGGUUGAUGAGUAUAAGCACAUGCUAUGCCAAGCCACAGAGCCCUUGUCAACCUUUUUGGAGUACAUUACAUAUGGCCACAUGAUAGACAAUGUUGUCCUGAUUGUUACUGGAACCUUGCAUGAGAGAGAUGUUCAGGAACUCUUGGAAAAAUGCCACCCUUUGGGCAUGUUUGACAGCAUUGCCACCCUGGCAGUCGCACAGAAUAUGCGGGAGCUUUACAGACUGGUGCUUGUUGACACACCACUUGCUCCUUACUUUUCUGAAUGUAUUACAUCUGAGGACCUGGAUGAUAUGAAUAUUGAAAUAAUGAGGAAUACUCUUUACAAGGCAUACCUUGAAGAUUUCUACAGGUUUUGUCAGAAACUAGGUGGCGCCACAGCAGAGAUCAUGUCUGACUUACUUGCUUUUGAGGCUGACAGAAGGGCGGUCAAUAUUACCAUAAAUAGUAUUGGAACUGAGCUUACUCGUGAUGAUCGCAGGAAGUUGUAUUCUAGCUUUGGUUUGCUUUAUCCCUAUGGCCAUGAAGAACUCGCUGUCUCUGAGGACGUUGAUCAGGUCCGUGGUGUCAUGGAAAAAUAUCCUCCAUAUCAGGCUAUCUUUUCAAAACUAUCCUAUGGUGAGAGCCAGAUGCUUGACAAGGCAUUUUAUGAAGAGGAGGUGAAAAGGCUUUGCUUAGCAUUUGAGCAACAGGCUACACUUAUCCUCAGUUCUCCAUUCAGUCACUUGACAUCUUUGCCUUCUGACCUGCAGUUCCAUUACGGUGUUUUCUUUGCAUACAUGAGGUUGAGGGAGCAGGAGAUCAGAAAUCUUAUGUGGAUAUCUGAGUGUGUGGCUCAGAACCAGAAGUCCAGAGUUCAUGACAGUGUGGUCUUCAUAUUUUAG